UAGUGUUUGGAAGCGUUGAUUGCUGGAAAAUGCUCUCGAAAACCAAAUUCGUGUCGCUGGUUUUGUGCGCCUUAUUUAUCAAUGGCGAAAUACAAAGCGUCAGCGGAAGACCUUUCAUACGAAAACAAUACGAAGGUAUUAUCGAAUCAGCGACAGACACAAUGAGAAGUAUUGUGGAGUCAAUUCAUGCAACUCUGAUGGAUAAGGUGUCCACCUUGGUCUCCAAUGUAGCCACACAAGUUGCCAAAGAUCUUUUGCCUGCAAAAUGUGAAGACGGCGUCGACUGCGAUCGGUUCUUCCUUGAAACCGUAAUCAGCAAAACUGCUAUAAAUCUAAUUACUGAUAGAUUAAACCCGCUGACAACAACAACAACUGAGACAACAACAACUGUUGAACCAUGAUUGAUGCAGCAACUACUGAUGCGCCAACCACUGAUGAACCAACAACUGAUGCACCAUAAAGCAAGCAAUGCGGCUAGUAUAAUGUCAGUAUAUUAAAAAAGAAGUAUACGAAAUAAAAUGUUCUAACCACAAACCUUCAAAUUAAUGUCGGUUAU